CCCCCCCCUUUCUUUUUGGAACGUUGCAUGUUCGAACAUUCUGUUGCCUCCUCGGGAUUUUUCCCGGGGAAUCGCCAAGCACCAUGUGGAGGGGCAGCCUCUUCCUGCGGCUGUUGCAGACUCUGAAGCCUCAGGGAAGGGUUGGUGCGACUGGAAGCCUCAAAAGUGGCCAAGGACGGGUUGAUGCCGUGACCCGAGAAACCUCAAGGCCUUCCUUCUUUCUCUCGCGGAUGUCCCGGGUAGAAUUACGAACGUUUAGCACUGUAGAGACAUCUGAGGUGUGGGGUAGAGAAGAAGGCGCCGGAGCGGAGCUUCAAAACUUGCAAGAAGUGGAUAGAGAUGGGCAGGAAUCGAGCAUCAGUUCAGAUCCUGUUUUUUCCGUAUUCAGCCUUGAUGAUAUGGUAUCACUUAUGAAACAAGAAAAUGCCAAAGAUAUUUGUGUUAUCAAUUUGCCUCCAGAAAUAAAAUACAGCAGCUAUUUUAUAAUUUGCAGUGGAUCUUCUGCAAGACAUCUUCAUGCGAUGGCACAAUACUUGUUGAAAACAUACAAGCAUUUGAAGAACGAUUCUGAUCCUCAUGUUGUGAUAGAAGGAAAAGAGACUGAUGACUGGCUAUGCAUUGAUUUUGGCAACAUUGUAGUCCAUUUCAUGUUGCCAGAGACACGAGAAAUCUACGAAUUGGAAAAGCUGUGGACGCUCCGCUCUCAUGAUGAUCAGUUGACACAGAUGAUUCCAGAAUCUUUACCUGAUGACUUUAUGUUUGGGCUAGAUUCUAAACAGGAGUGAUUUAACCUCACAUCUAAGGAUCAGAAAGAACUUUGGUCAACUGAGUUACUGAGCCAAUUCUUGGGAAGAAAAAGGCGAAAUGGAGCACAUCAACCUGCAACUACCAAGUAUCAGCUUUAGGUAGUAUUGAUAAGUACAGGUAGUCCUCGACUUACCACCAUUUAUUUUGUGACCAUUCAAAGUUACAAUGGCACUUUAAAAAGUGAUUAGAAUAACUGUUGCAGCAUCCCCAGGGUGACAUGAACACAAUUUGAAUGUGUGGCAAUUGGUUCCUGUUUGCUGGUUGCACUGUCCCAGGACCAUGUGAUCAUCUUUUGCAGUCUUCUGACAAGCAAAAGUUGGGAAUCAGAUUCAUUUAUCAACUAUGUUACUAAUUUGAAUGGAUUCAUUUAACAGCUGUGACAAAAAAGAUCAUAAAAUGGGGGCAAUUUGCUUAAUGUUUUGCUUAGCAACAGAAGUUUCAGGCUCAGUUGUGGUCAUUAAAUAGAAGACUACCUGUGUAGAACUUGUCAAUGGGAAGUCAGUAAUGCCCUGUGGAAAAGACACUGGCUCUUGUUGCAAAGGCAAAAGCUUUAAACAUGUGGAUAAUAGUUAUUUGAAAUAAUUCCUAUUGACAUUUAGGUCUUUUGAAUAGGGGCUUGUUUUGACAUUGAUUGGUUUGCUAUUUAUGUUAAAUAAAGAUGUUUUGAAAUA